AAUAAGUUAAUAAAACUAAAACGACUGAAGAGAGGUACAUUACUUUAUUUAAAUGGAAAGCUAAUUACGGUAUGUGGUUGGCCUUGGUGUCUGAAAAAAACCUGCAUCUGUCAUGCGUUUCACCACUGUCGUAAAACGUCUCUGUCUGCUGCGACAGCACUUUGCGGCAGCAGGGAAAUCGAGGAGAAAGCAGCGACUAACGUCGCCAGCGGAUACGUUAUCGCCUCAAAAACCCCUGGAUUUAUGUAAUAUUCGGUCAGCAAACUUGUACAUUGAUUGUAUUUCCCUCCGCCUUGUGGAUGAGAUUGUGUUCAGCGUUUUCCAAGCGUGAAUCUCCACCUUAAUGCGGUGGGAUGGCCACAGUGCCGCCUGGGCCUAGUAGCGCACUGACUGCAUCCCCGGCUGAAAUUCCUACUUUCCCCGGUGCUGGGAGCGCAGACCCGGCGGGGGAAGACGGAGAGCCGGCCUGCCAUAGGGAGGACUGUGUACCCGCCGAUACGGGGACGAAGUCGCAGCCGGUAAGCGAAGUCAAAACGUCGGUUAAGAAGAAGCAGAAAAACAUGCUAGCGCGAGCUAGCCCGGCGGCACUGCACCUCAAAAUGCAAGCCCGAGAGCAGCAGCAGCUAAACGGCUUGGUCAGCCCUUCGGAGAACGCUGACAGCCACCAACACACAGGAAACCGGCCUGACAAUCCCAGACCGUCCGUGGACAACUGUGACAGCAGCAGCAGCGGCAGCAAUGAGGGGGCUCCAGCCGCUAGAAACAAUAGUGAGCAUUGCCAACACGAAGGCCACAGCCCCUUCUCCGAAAACGGCAGUCACUCUCCUUUGGUUAACAAUAGCAUGAACGGGAUGCCGAGUUUCACAAGAACUGAGGCGGCCCACCCCGGGGACGAAGGGAAAGAGGAGUUUGACCACACGGAGCCCCCGAGACCGCCGAGCGACGAGCCGCCGGACGCUGCCGGGCCCGGCGAAGAGGAGAGUUCAGCUGACCCGCAGCAGCCACCAGCCGCGGAGCUGGCCCGGCUCGACCUGAGCAGCUCUCCCGGCCAAGCGGAAGAGGAUAGCCACGGCAUCCGCUAUGUCCGCUAUGAAUCCGAGCUGCAGAUGCCGUGGAUCAUGAGACUGAUCACCAAGGACUUGUCUGAGCCUUAUUCAAUUUACACGUACAGGUACUUCAUCCACAACUGGCCGCAGCUCUGCUUUCUGGCCAUGGUGGAGCAGGAGUGUGUCGGAGCCAUCGUAUGUAAACUUGACAUGCACAAGAAGAUGUUCCGCCGUGGCUACAUCGCCAUGCUGGCCGUGGACUCGAAACACAGAAGGAAAAGCAUCGGUACUAAUCUGGUGAAGAAGGCCAUCUAUGCCAUGGUGGAGGGUGACUGUGACGAGGUUGUAUUGGAGACUGAAAUCACCAACAAAUCAGCCCUGAAGCUGUACGAGAACUUGGGUUUUGUCAGAGACAAGCGGCUGUUCAGAUACUACCUUAACGGAGUGGACGCGCUGCGGCUCAAACUGUGGCUCCGCUAGAGGAAAGAAGAGGGGACAGGGGAGGAUGGGACAGCGGGUGCUGUUCACCUCGUACGCUAUCAGCUUGACAGCCUCAGCUCUGCCCUGGUCAUUUCACUCUUAUAUACACACUCACACUCACACACACACACACACACGCCGAAGUACAAACAUAAGGAGUAUGCACAUAGGUAUGCAUAGACACGCAAACACACCCACCCUCUUUUUGUCCUUGACCUCUAAACAACUGUUGUUUAGGCAGAAACGGACUGACAUCCCACCUGAUGUUUUCAUGAAGGGGCCCCUGAUACUUUCUGUGAUGAGGAGGGGGCGAGUGAGGGUGGUCUCUGGGAUGACCUUGACUGGGGACUAGGUGACCUUUUGACCUUCAAGCUUGGAUGCCGCAUUGACCGCGACGUGAGGUGUGAGGAAGCUCAAGUGAGGACGUGUGUCCGAACGCCAGAGGACAUGGCACCACACCAAAUCCUCCUGCAGAACACAGGACAAAAACAAACUUAAAGAAAACAACACCACGCGAAAUAAGGAAGCAGGGCGGUAAAAAAACAGACUGGGAAGAGAAUAUUUGUGGAGUUUAUUUUUGUGUUUCUUUUUUAACCUUGUAAGUUCGGAUGGUUGACGGAAAAGCUAUAGUAUGACUGUGUGUUUGUACCACCUCAUGUCUUUUUGGAAAACGAGUGUUUGGCCUGUUUUUGUGUGCAUGUGUAUGUGGCGUGCUUGGUUUCACUGUGAGCAAGUGAACGUGUUUGUGUGACUGUGUGAGCGCAUGCUUGGUUGGACUUGUGCGUACUAUUGUUUUUUGUUUCCCAUCCUGUCCAAUGGGCGCAGCUGCUCCCUGCUGCUGUUUCCAUCACCUGCCUCAGCCUCCAGGACUGAAGCCUGUAAAGAUAUGCAUGCAUUUAUUUUAAUGUGAGUGCGGGAAAAAGCGUGACGAGUGUGUGUGUGUUGAUUAACCCAGUCUGAGGCUAACCCUCCGAAUCCCUUCCUGUGUUUGGUGUAAGCGUGUUGGUGCAGAGCGGUUGAUCGAAACAAAUCACUCCAUUAGCACCUCAAACUACGCCCAACUGGUGGAUCUGCCACCUCUUCGCUUCAGUGUCCUUCACUAAAUCUCUCAUCAUCAAACCCUGACAGUAUGGGUGAGGAGUUCAAUCUUUUUCUUCAGAACUUUUUUCCCAAAUGCACUGCCAGCUGCAGACUCCUUGCCAAUGAUGAUGUGGUCAAAUGUGUCCAAGCCGUAUCAGUUUACUCUUUUUAGAUUAUUCAUCUGAUUCUCCUCAUUGCAAGUGCCACUCAAUCCAUCAGCGCUCUCAGCCACAACUGCAGUGAUCUGCCCGCUAGCAGGCGUGACACGGCAGCCUCGGCCCGGUUCUGAUCUGCGCUUGGCACCAGACCGGAGGGCGAAGUGUUACAUAUGCUGGAUUCCUGUUUGAGUGCGUGUGUGUGUGUGUGUUAUGUCUUGAUAAAAAAAGGAAAAUAGACAAGUAUUCUUAGCAGAUUAUAUUUUAUUCUUUUGUUCGCUUUCAGUUCAUUUUGUCUACUAUACACCUGUAUAACCUCAUGCUGCCCAUAAGCAGCUGAGUCCACAUUGCACUUCCAUGGUGCCCUAACUUGAUGCACAACCAACCUCGCUAACAUUUAAUGAUCUCCAGCCUGGAACACGUCAUAGAUGCACCCAGAUGUUCCAAUCCACACUAAUUAUGGCAAACAAAGUUUGCUUCAGCCACUUCUGUUUUUUCUUCAAAGUAAAAUGAACAAAGGCCAGAUGCACCUCUUUGGAACUUGCUGCAGUGUGGAUGUGUACGUAUGAAUGUGUCUUGUUAUUUUGACAGUGGUGUGGAUCUGUUCUGUAAGACUUUAAUUUCUCUACUUACAGAGGAAGCACAGGAAAAUCGGAGCCUUUUUUAGGUGCUGUGUUUUGCUCCAGCCAUAUAAGGACAACAGGAAGGAACAAAUCACACGCUUUUUUCUUCUUUUUUUUUUUUUAGCUUUCCAGGAUUGGUGUUAGUGUUUGAUGCGAUAGAAAGGGCAGGAGACAGUUUGGUUGAGGGGAGAAUUUUUCAGUCAAAUUUGGAGACGACCUACAUCACAGGUUUGCAAUUUAAAGUAAACUUUUGUUUUCCUUGUAGCUCUAUAAAUUAUGCAAUUAGACAUCUGUGUGCUUUAAUCCUGCCUACAAUAUUCAGAGUACAAAGCACUGCAAGACACUGCCAUGUGGCACAACUGAAAAUCAGAGCAAAAUCUGCUAUAAAAUCUUGACUGCAGAACAAACAAAAGUCUCCAGAAAACAUUUGUGGUAGUCCAAUGUUUUAAUGAUUUAAGGACUGAUGAGCUAGUCUCUAUGAAUGACACUACAGGACCUUGUUCGUGUUCCCCUUUCAGCAGUUCAGCUGAGAUAUUUCAUCCCAGGAGCCCAGGACUGAAAGUGACAAUAGAUGUUUACAGAGCUGCCACCCACAUAACCGCCUGUGUAUGUACGUUUGUCUGUGUGCAUUUGGAGCAAUGGAUCAGAUGACCCAUUUUCCUCUUUUAGUUUUUUUUUUGUUUCAGAUUUGUAUACUAGUGUUCUAUUCAUCAGAUUUAUUGUUUUGUUUUUUGUGAAUCAUCUGGGAGGGGGGCGGUUUGGGUUGAUUUAUCAGAUGUAAUUUUUAUUUUUCAUUUCUGUGCUACUUUAGCCCAUCCAGAGGUGUUACGAGAUUUAUGAGCAGUUCAUACCGGGCAUGUGAAAACGCUCUAGACCCUGCUCCUCUGACACUGUUUCAAUUAUCACCCUGUGUAAACUCCGGGAUUAUUUUGGAGGUUCCAAACUUCUGUCCCUGUGUUGGACACUUGUUCUCUUCUUCUUUGUCCCCUCACUGUCCCGGCCUUUUCUUCUUAUGUACAGUGACUACUGAUGGAUGAAAGGACAAGAUAGGUAACACCUUACAAAAUGAACCUUUCAAACCAGUUGUCGGUAUGAGGAGGUGUUUUAGAUUUUGAAGGAAAUCUAAAAUCUUUUUUUGUUUUACUCCUGUGAAACUGGCAGUUCCAUUAGGUGUCUGGGCAUUACAGCCCGUCUCAAAGAGCCAAAGGGCUCUGUUUACACCUCGAUCACAGACCGAAGGGCUUCGUCAUCAAUAUCAGUUUGUAGCCAUGGCUUGUGGUGUUGCAUAGUUUUACCCAGCUCUCUCUGACAAUGCAUUUGGAAUAAGUUUUGACUUGACAUGCCAGUUCAGUGUUCAUGUCGGAAGCAUUUUUUUUUUUUUUUUCCCCCUCGUCCUGGACAUCUGCUGUGCUAUCCAGGCAGCUUACUGUAACAAUCACAACCCCGCUUCUCUGCCCUCUCCCGGGGCGACAUCUGCCAUCCUACAUUUUGAGUGUUAUAAUCAUAAAUUCCCAGAGAUACCAGUUUGUUGAUGAGAUAAACAACUUUUGUCUUGGCUGUCAUGCUGCGCCACAAAAAGCUGUGGUCCCUACAACCAACCAACCACAGCAACUUCCUGCAGUCUUUUCGGGGCAGCUGACACUGCCUCCACCGCCAACCAUGAGGUGUGCAAAGGGGAGAGCAAAAGGUCGUUUUGCAUGUCAGAUUUCUGUUCCCCCUGUUCCUUUUCCCUGUCCCCUCACUUGAUUUUGAUCUGGAAAUGUCCGAUAGCUUUUAUUUAAUGUGGAAAAAAGAACACAGAAAUAAAUUAUUUGAUUUUUUUAAUGCUGUAAA